AAUGAUAGAGAAGUGUGAAAAUAGACAAGAUUGCUAAGUUAUCAAUUAGAAAUGUAUCAAUAGAUGGAAGUAAUGUGAUUAGAUAUAGAAUGCUAGUGUAAAAAAAUGUAAAAAAUUUAAUUGUGACUAUGAUGAAUUGCUAUAUUUAUGCAAAGAAGUAGAAUAAUGAUUUUAUAAUAGCCUUAUUUCCAAAAAUCUAUUUUAGAAUAAAAAAUUCAAGAAAGUACAAAUAAAAAGUCUUUCAAUAGUUUAAGUAAUCAUUAACAACAAAGAAAAUUCAAAAACUAUGAAAAAUGUUAAAAAAAUGAAGUUAAAUAAUAAGAAACAUACUCAAAACUUGAACUUAAAGCUAUAAUAUAAUAGAUAUCUGAAAUAAAUAAUACUCAGUUUGAACAACUGAAUUUUAUAAUUAAUUUUGCUGCUACCUUUAGUCUUUCGUAUAUGAUAAUCAAUUUAAUAAUUUAGUGA